AGAGCGCGAAGGUACAGGAGGCGGAAGUGGGGAAAACUGCAAGGGUAAAAACUGAGAGAAUUUUUUUUGUGAAAUCUCAGUUCUUUGGAAGUAGAAGGUUCUAUCUUAAAUGUUUGCUCAGAAACUAGUUAGAGAUAAAAACACAACGGAGUCACGACACCUAUAGUAUAGUUGUGUUCUGUGUCUCACCAACAGAAAUUUAAAGGUAGCACAUAUAUAGACACAGCAGUUCUCUUGUGAGUUUUUAGUACGCUAGCUACGUUGCUAGUAACUUUACAAACACACUACAAUCCGCCGUUCCUUAGCUAGCAAACGUGAGUUCAAUCGCUACUUGUUUUUAUUGUUCCCUCGAUUGCCGUUAGCUGUAUAAGGAUGCCGUUCCAUCUGUCUGCUGUAAACCAAGGACAUUAGGUCAGCUAGCAAGACAACGGAAUUUCACUAUGUCUCUUGGGGCAUCUAGUGUUUCGCUGUCCGCUAAGAAGGGGACUUUCUCAGCACUUCUGGCAGCCCAUGUGAGGAAGAGGCCUGCGUGUGGGAGCGAACGCGAGCUACAGGAGGCGGCAAUCCAGCUGCUGAACCGGAACCAGAACCUUCCGGAGUUGCUUCAGGAGCAGGUAGAUGCAACACCUUGUAAGGUGAGCUGCUUGGCAGAGGAGGGACUGAGAGGUCUCCUUGACAAAGAUGCUACACCUGGGACUGAGAGUUUGUGCACGCUUGGUGGUUCUCUCCUGGUGUGCGCCCUGCAGAGGGAGUCUGUGCGGUUGGGGGUUCCGGUGGGGGUGCUCUCGGCCAGGCUGAUGGCAGAUAAAGUGCGCAGGAUUUCGGGGAGCAGCGAGGGGGUCCUGCUGAACUCCGCCCAGAGGGCUGAGCUGGCGGCGUUGGUGAAGUCGACUCAAGAGCUGCGCUCUCUGGGAGCUUUUAGCCCUCAGCUCUUCUGCCAGGAACUCUGGAGUGUUCAGACGCUGCCCCCGUUAGAGGUGGCCUGGAGUCUGCACUCUGGGAACGUUCUCUCUCUGGGCACCAUUUUGGACAGUGAGGAGGGGGCGGGCCCCUGGCUGGAGCCGGAGUUGCGAGCUCUUUGCGGGCCGAUGGCUGCAGAGGAUGAAGACAUGAGACGGGAGGUUCUCACAGGCGUGGCUUCGGUGCUGAUUCGGGCGGGGUUCCAGGAGACCCAGGACCCUGGCACGACCGGCAGGAGGCUCACCCAGGCGUGCAGGCGUGCUCUGGACAACAUGCUCUCCUGGGUGCUGGACAGUGUGAGUCAGUCACAGCCGGUGCAAUCCCAGCUACAAGUUGCAGAGUCAUGGGUGCAGGUGUUUGAUGUGUCCGUGUGCAGCGUGUCUGUCUGCAGCGAUGUGUUUCUGCGCUUCCUCAUCCACUCCCUCACACACACCCUCACCUACAAGCCACGCCUCAAAGUGUCUGAUGCCAUCGCCAUGCAGAGUGCCUGGAGCUUUGCUAAGACGUCUCGCUUGCUGACGCUGCUGUAUCGGAAGCUCUCGGUGCUCUCCAGUGUGGAUGAGCUGCUCUCUCACCUCCUGCAGGUGCUGGAGACUCACGAGGUGAACUGGCAGCAUGUGCUGUCUCACCUUUCCACUCUGUUGGUGUACCACCCAGAUGCCCAGCACAGCCUUACAGAGAUGCUGUCCCGUCUCCUGCGGUCUGCGUUCGAGGGCUACGAUCUGGAGAGCAUGAUCACUGCCUUCCUGCUCGCCCGCCAGGGGGCGCUGGAGAGCCCUGCCAUCUUCCCUCCUUACAGCCAGUGGUUCAAGAUGUCUUUUGGCAAUGCCAGUGGUUACCAUGGGAACAGUAAGAAGUCUUUAGUGUUCCUGCUGAAGUUCCUGUCGGACCUGGUGCCCUUCGAUCCCCCGCAGUACCUGAAGGUGCACCUGCUCCACCCCCCCUUUGUCCCAGCCAAGCACCGCAUCCUCCUGCUGGAGUACGUGUCCCUCGCCAAGACCAGGCUGGCAGACCUACGGGUGUCGGUGGAGGAGAUGGGGCUCUAUGAGGAUGUCUCCACAGCCACUGCACCAGUGCAGCCCGUGCCUGUGGCUGUUGGCGUGGACAGGGCCCGGUGCUAGUUCGAGAGCACGGGGAAGAUCUCUGCAGCUGUGAUGGAAGCCAGUAUUUUUAGGAAGCCCUACUUCCUGUCCCGGUUCCUCCCAGCUCUUCUGACUCCACGAGUGCUUCCUGAAAUGGCCGACGCUCGAAUGGCUUUCAUUGAGUCACUCAGGAAGGCAGAGAAGAUUCCACCAUCUUUAUAUUCCGCUUACACUCAGUCCUGUGAGAGAGAGAGACAGAGACAGCUGGAAGGUGCAGGUGUUGAAAUGAGAGAACAGGAGCCCCAGGAGAGGCUGCAGUGUGAACUUCAGGAGCUGAGGAGCGUGCUGUCUUCCCCAGGCAGAGAACAAGACUUCCUGGCCCACCUGUCGCGGGUCUCGGAGGCGCUCGGCGCGGUCGUCCCGGAGACGGAGGACCGCUCUCCGGGGCAGCCUGCGGUCCUCCUCUGCCCGGACACGCCCCCCCAAUCGGACCAGGAGAACAGAGUGGUCGACGUGAUGGUGAGGAGCUUCUGCCAGUGCCUGAUGGACGCCUCCAGAGUAAACCCGCCAAACAGGCAGGGUCCAUGGGCGUCACAGUUUGUGAGGAUGCUACUGGAGCACAGGCAGCUGCUUCCUGCCCUGCUGCACCGACUGUGGGACCUGCUGCAUAACCAGGGGGCGUCACUAGGUGGUGCUCAUGUGCUGGGGCUGGCAGCGUUUGUGGUGCACCUGCACGCCUUCCAGUCCCAGUGUCCCGUGGUGGAGUCCAGCCCCGCCCUGCUGCCCCGCCCACUGCCCCUCCCUGAGGCACUGAGCGCUGCCUUACGCUGCAGCACCCAGGCUGACAUGAGCUUCUGCCUGCGGUUCUGUGUGGCCGCAGUUUGCUACGGGCUCUCCCGAGGAGACUCAACUGAGCGCGUGCAGCAGUGUGUUCCCAGCAGCCUCUACAAGAAGUUGCUUUACCUAAUCCCCAGACUGGUCCCAGGAACAAGGGUGGGGCCAGGACCUGUGGGGGAGGGGCCAGGACCAGAGUGGGAGGGGCCAGGACCAAUGGGGAUGGAGAGGGAGGAGCCUGUCCUCUGGAGGAAUAUCACAGACCCCAGCGCCUCCUGGAGGAGCUCAGCCUCUGUGCUGUGGACACACCCGAGCUUCCACGCCCUGCGGACGCUGCCCCAGUACCAGCUCUCGUUUUCUGAGUGGUUAGCAGCUGAGCUCAGAGUACAGAGGAGCCAAGAUGCCCUGUCUGAUCCAGAGAGACAGGAGUACCAGCAGUGGAUGUGUCAGCAGGAGUAUCUCUCCGCUCCUCUGGAUCAGGGCGGAUGUGGGGGAGAUGUGAGGGUCGCCUGUGGCCACAUCCUCAGUGCGGUCCUGGAGCUGGAGACCGGGUCAGUACCACACCGUACCGGUGCGCAGAUGGGACAGAGGCCCCGGUGUGGACGGAGAGGCUCUGACACCUGCCUCCCGGACGUCCUGUGCAGACUGCAGGAGCUGCUGUACGAGCUGGAGCUGGCUGCAGUCCCCGCCGGGGCCGGGGGGGAAGGGGGGCGCUUCCUGCUGGAUCUGAUUUGGGAGAAGUGCUCCGUGCCCGGCCACGUCCCGACUGCCAGCACUGACCUCAGCACUGUCCUCAGCACUGACCUGGCGCUUCAACAGGCUCUGCACGCCUGCAACAGGGUGAUGGUGGCGCUCCCAGUCACAGCCCUGGUGACCGUACGGACUCAGGGAGGGAGAACGACACUGGACUGCAGCACCUUCAUGGAGCACGUGAACCACAGACAGAGGAACGUGUGCACCCCCGCGGGCCUGUUGCCGUACCCCCUCACCGCACACUUCUGCAGGGGAGUGCUGACUGCCAGCAUGCGCUGUGAUAGGCCGAGCCGGGUGGUGAAUGAAGCUCUGUCCCAAAUGCACCAGCAGUGUCCGCUGCUGCUCGUUUCAGCAGUGCGCUGGUGGGCGUGGCUGGGUCCUGUACUUGUGUCUCUAUGGAGACGCCUGAGUGAAGACCCACUGCCAGAGGAACUCCUGCGUUUGGCUGACUGCUACACCUGGGCCUGCAGCGCAGUGAGGGCGGAGUCACGGCCCCGCCCCUCAGCCCCGCCCCUGCUCCUGGCAGCCAGUCUGCACCGUGCAGGGGGGCGGAGCCUCAGCACAGCGCUGGAGCAGCUGGGCCAGCAGAGGCAGGUGAGGGCUCACACCUGUGCAGGCACUGAUGGCUGGGAGUCUGCACCAGAAUGGUGUUGCUCGUGUAUAUGGGGAUGUGAGUGGUGUAGGUGGAGACACACACACACACACACACACCUGCCGUUGCUCUACCCAUGUUGUGAAACGCAUGUGUGUACUCUGCAGGAAAAGAGUGUUGAGAAAGCUCGGGGAUUAUGUUUAGAGAUCCUGACACACCUGCAAGACUGUACCGACUGGCUCCCUCUGUUCCAACCGCCUGGUGCAGAGCAGGGCUCGUACCAGGCUGUGACCAUGGCAACCACUGACAGGCACGCGCGACUGAUGCCCCUGGGCUUCUACAGUUUGAUCCCGCACCUGGACGGCGAGGUUUCGGGGCGGUUCGCGAGAGCCCCCGGGUUCCUCCUCUGCGCCCUGCGCUGCUACUCGGCUCUGAGCGCCCUCUUCCUGGACGGCCGCGCCCCCGUCCCCCGCGCGGACCCCACGCCCGCACAGGCGGACCCCCUGGAGAUCGUGGCGAGGGCUCGGCGGGCGCUGUUCCGGAUCAUCGCUCUGAGUCCAACGCCCUGCGUCUCCCACGGCCUCAGGAGACAGCUGCAGGAGGCGUGUGGAGAUCUGGACCCCGAAGUGUCUGCUGCCCUGUCCUCCCACCUGGCCCCGCCCAGCCCUGACCACGCCCUGCGGGAGCUGGACUUCCUGUGAGCAGCUGUGCGCCCCGAGCCUGGGGGGCGGGGUGGGGAACCGCCACCGUCCCCAAAAACAGCGGCCGGCCUCCGGAACCCCGAGCGGAAUAACGCAGCGCUGAGCAGCUUUGUGCUGCGUAAGAGGACAGCCUCUCGCCUGGACACGCCAGCCAGCGAGACAGUUUCACUGCGCCCACUGGUAGUUCAGGAGACGCUAAACACAAAAGGAAGAUAAUAAAAACAAGUGGUGGCAGGG